AGAAUUUCAAUUUUAUCUACUCUAAUGAAUUUUUGGUUCACGUUUGACGCAUAACGAAACAUCGGUAACACAGUUCCUCAAUGUUAUCGAAUGAGUUUUAAGCCCCUAACCAUGCACCAGCCAUUCAUCCAUCACUCCCCACCAUCGUCUAUUCCAAAGUAACAUGUUGUAUCAUCCCCUUUUUUUGUCUCCAUCUUUCUCUUUUUUUGCUAGAGUUUCAGGGACUUCUGUUCCCCCCAUUCGACCAUCAAGCUGAGUUUUCAUGCUUGUAUCAUAGAAACUAUGUAUUUUAUAAAUACACCGUCUAGUUAUGUGAAAUGACUACCUCUUCCAAUAUUAAUAGUAAUAAUAAUAAUAAUGAUAAUGAUGUUUUUUCUGUGAGUUGAAAAAUAUUAAAUCCAAUGAAAUGUUAAAAAAGAAAGCUGUCGAGAAAUAUAGGCAGCAGGAGUUUUCUCCACUGCAUGACUAUGCGGAAGAGAACGAGCCAGUUAAGAUACACAAUAAUAGUAAUAGUUUCUUGUCGGAGAACAACUCGGCCGAGAAGCUAACGUUGGCUAAGAGUAAGAACAAAGAGUCUCCGUCAGGUGAUCCAGGGUUCACCACCAUGGCAACGGAUGACUUUACCAGUGGGAGACAUUACAAAACUUUUCAUAUUACUGGCGUGAAGGUCUCAGAAACGGCUUGCGGCACAAUCGAUCCCGUUGGAAGGGACGGCUGCAACAGUUUGCAAGAUUCCAACAUUGAUGAUUUUAGAAUCGGUGGAACCGAUCAGGAAGAUCCUGAGAUGCUGGAGAAUCAAGAUAACGGUAGUCAGUUUUCUCUUGCCACUACCGCUGCAGCUACUGAUGACAAAGAUGAUGAUGAUAAUGAUGAGGAUGUGGAUGUGGAGGAGGAAGAGGAUGAUGAUGGGGAUUCUGACAUUGAUGUCGUUACGACCCCGUCGUCACCAAAUCGUUUACAGGAAUCGUCAGCUACUGUAAAACUUUCAGGAGUCAGAAGCAUUUCCGAUUUUGUUUCUUCUGCAAAGACUAACGACAUCUCUACUGAUUUUGGGGACACGUCUCCAACACAUUCGGAAAGUGCAGAAAGUUCUGAAGUUCUACCUGGCUUGACAAUAACCUCGGCUUUUUCGCUCAGUGCUGACAUGUGGGAUGACGAAAACGACACGAAAGAGGAAGACACGGAAGAUGGUACUUACGCAGAUUUUAUAAAGGUCAGAGUCAACGAAGACUACGAUGCCACUGAUUACGCCCCUUGGCGCGAAUUGGAUUCUGACCCUAAAUCCAGUGUUAGCCAUCUAGAAAAUGAAUCACCACACUUUGAACCAGGUCUAGAGGAAAAUGUUCCUGAUCUCUCAGUGGUGAAGCAAGAAAAUGAAGAUCUUUUUUCGUGCCUGCAUUGCCCCACAAUCCUUACUGACCAGUUCUCCUAUGAGCAGCAUAUCCAGUCGCACACAACCGCUCCUCGGUCAAAGGUUUACUUACAUCAAUGCUCUGUACCAAAUUGUGAUUUCGGCACCAACAUAAUCCGAGAGUUUCGAGCACACUACUCGGAGAAUCACGACAAUUUAUCGUCCUACCAAUGCCGCUGGUGCCAGACAUAUCUGAACUCUCUUGGUGCAUUCCUUGAUCAUAUCGGAGAUAACUUUGUUGUGCCCUGGGUGAAGUGCCCUCAUUGCCAUUUGAAAGAGAAAAGCAAAACUGAAAUCCUUCGACACAUUUCCACAGAGCACCCUGGAGAGUCUCAACGGGUGAUCGCAGGUAGCAUGAUUCUUUGCCGAAGCAAAGCAGAAGCCACUGUGUCAUCAUUAUCAUCAUCAACAUUAUCAUUACCGCCUCAAGAGAAAGACCACCAAAUGACAGCCGCCUAUGUCAGCCUGCUGAAUAAGCAGAAAUUCGUUUUGAAUAAUAACGAAACUAUCAAUAGUAAUGGUAAUAGUAGUAAUAGCAAUAAUGAUGAUAAUAAUAAUAUUAACAUUACUACCAUUACUACUAUUACUAAAAAAAAAAAAACCAAAAAAAGGAAAGCCACCACCAUCGCUACCACCAAUAAUAUUAAUAGUAGUAGUAGUAAUAAUAAUAAUAAUAACAACAACAUUGGUGACAGUGAAGUUGAAGACGAUGAUAUUGAUGUUGAAACCCUUAGCAGUAGUAGUGUUGAAAAUUUAAAAGAUAUUGUUAGAAGUAAUACUAUUACUGUUGAUAGAUUUAUUAGUAACAGCAAGAGGAUUGAUAAGAUUAUGAACGGCAACAACUUUGAUAGUAAUAGGAACAAUAGCAGUUACAAUGCGGACGACGAUGAAAGCCUCAACUUCAACAAUAACGAUUCUAGUAAUGUGUCAAGUAAUUACACUAUAAGCCGCUGGUACAAUUGUCCAGACUGCAUUUUCAGUACGACCAAGGCGCAAUUGUUCCUCGCACACAUGAAGACUUGCUUCCCCUUGAAAACUAUGGUGAAUCCCAAGGAGGUGAAAUUUGAGUGCAAGGAGUGCACGUUUGCAACAAGCAGCAAAAAGGGGUUUUUGAAUCAUUGUCAUGUAAAGGAAGCGUUGAAAAAUGUUCCGAAACAGCCAUACGGAAAGCAUUUGCCCAUAAGCAAUCUUGACUUACCAAGCAAAAAGAUCAUGCCAGACAAGAAAAAAAUUGUGGGUGUGAGAGGUAAAAAAAAUCGCAGCACUCUUCGGCCUUCUGUUUAUAAUAUUGUGGACGACAAGUACAAAUUCAUGUGUCCGUACUGCUCUGAGAGCUUUGAAAAGAUAAAUUCUAUGAAAAUCCACAUAUUUCGUAGUCAUCGAGAGCAUUACAACAAACCAAUCUCGUUGCAUCAGUGUCUGUCGUGCCACAUGAAAUCAUCAUCUCAGCUUGUUGUUAGGCAACACAUUGAACGCACACAUUUCGGUCGCAAGUCUGGCAUCCUUCUUAUAGACGAGCCUUCUGAAAUCAUAUCCAGAAAAUUCCGGGUGCAGCAAGACAAUAAUAAGAAACUGAUCCAGACCAUAGAGCCAAUAGAAAAAUUGGACAGCGAUGCGGUCAAGAAGGUGUCCUCGGAACGCUGUAGUAGUUGGGGCCGGUCGCAACAAGCUAACAACGAACCCUUCAAACAGAAAGAUGUGCCAGCUGAAAGUAAAAACACUGAGGUGAUCCCUGAAAAGCCAUCUACGGAGCAGCGUGUCUCAGAUCCUGAAGAAUCUGGUGCCUCAAAGAAAGAAGAACUGAAAACUGAAACACCUAACAAAGUGCAGGAAAUGGAAAUUAUAAAGUUUGGCGUCGGGGACCAUUUCACUGAAUACAUCCACUGCCCUCGGUGUCCCUAUCAAUCUCAGAGCGUAAUGGGUUUCUAUGGACACAUCAAACGGCAUGAAAACAUGGUUGUUUGUAUAAAUACGAGACGGAAAUACGAAUUUCACAAACCUAAAUAUGACAAAUAUUCAGAAACAGCUGCCAGUGGCAACACCAACUCUGCUGAAGAUGUGCCCAAAACUUCAGAUUCUGAUUCAGUACCAGUAAUUAAUUCCGAAACUGAAUUACCAGCUGCUAUAAAUGCAGAUCAGUUGGUUAAUUUGACCAACGAAAAUUCCGAGAAAACAGCAGAAAGUCCUGAUGAAAUUUCCGUGAACGAAAUUCCUGAAUCUGAUGGCAAAGAUGCAUCAGCUCUUAUGCAAUACCCUGUUGAAUCUGAGACAGUUAUCAUGAAUAAACAAUCAGAAAGUGAUGUCGAUAAAGAAGAAUAUUCCAAAUUGGGUGGCCCCGUUUUAACCUCUAAAUUGUCCCAACUCUACACUGUCAGAGGAAUGCUUCAGGAAUGCAACCUCUGCGAUUAUUCCUCCGAUUUUCCGUCUUAUAUGCAUCGGCAUCUGCUUUCUAAUCAUCUCAAUGUUCACUUCUGGCGAUGCGGCUACUGUUUCUAUCGCCAUUUACAGCAGUGUAAGAUACUGAGGCACUGCAUAAAGCAUCACGCCAGCUGCGAGCCAUAUGCCAAGUGGCUUGGCAUUCCAGACUGGGAAAAGAAAAUAAAUAUUUGUCUUGCCAACAAAAACCACAAGGCUCAAAACACAUCAGAAGCAAAAUCUCCAAAGAUGCCCCUCUCUCCUACGACCACUUCCCAGUCUUCUACGGGUGAAGAGAAAAUACCUCCUUUGUCACCAAAAUUGAAAGAAGGCAAUAUUAAAGUUCCAAGUGAAAUGAAGAUUAUAGAAAUUGAAAAACUACCUGGGAAUCUCUACAAGUGUAAGGUUUGUUCUUACUGUAGCAUAUAUCAGACAAACGUCUUGAGACAUAUUUCUUAUGUUCACGGCGCUUUUGGUAAAAGCAUUGAAGGUAACUUACAAUCUCCAAUAAUGAAUCUGACUGCUUCUGUUCGAUCCAAAUUGUCUGGUGAGAAGCAAGAAAGCUCCAAGACUGAUGGUAAGUCAGAAAACACCUCUCCCGUGCCAUCUGCUCCGCCAACACUGUAUCGCUGUGUAUUCUGCAAUUCUGUGAACAUGUCUGCUGACGAAGUGAAGAAACACAUGUGGCAAGAGCACUCUGACGAAUUAACCAAUGUUGGUAUUUUGCUGAAAUCCAAAGAGGAGAGCGCUGGAUCUUCCCGCAAGAAUUCCAAAAGAUCACAGUUACUUAAAAAACACUUACAUCAGCCUGCCAAGGGUCGAAAGGUUAAAACUCAGUCUAAGAAUACCAGCGAACAAUCUAGUCCAAGAGAUGCAAAUGAAGAAUCGAUGGCCCUAAAGCAUACUCGAAGGAAUUCUGCCAAAGGUGAUGGUUUUCCGGAAGGAAGUGAAGAUGCCUUGGCUUUGAAUUUAUUAUACGAUGAAAACCAGGACCAUCCACGUCCAGUUAAACGUCCAGCCACGAAGCAAAACCAGCGUGUUCCAGCAAAACGACUUAAACAGAAAACAGCUCAAAGCAAAGCUAAUGAAAGAAAUUCAUUAGAGAACUUAAAUAAUGAUAUGGUUUCUGAAACCCUCCGUGAUAGGGAAUUUCAUAUGACUGAGAAGCUGGCUGCUCAGUCAGGGAAUGACACAGAGUCUCAGACACAGAGAUCAGGUGAGAUAUUGCCGGAAUUACAGAAAGUCGAUAUGGAGAUAUAUAAUCGCUAUAUAUUCAAGACUUACGAUGGUUCCUACCUCUGCAAUUUCUGCAUCACCAGCAUGGCCACCGAAGAUGAAGCGCGACAACACAUUCUUUCGAUGCACCCGAAAAAGGUUGCCAAUCCCUCUGAACUACCUUGUCAGAAUUUCCAAAUUUUCCGACAGAAAACCAGACGUCCAGAAAUCAUCGUGCCUAUUGCCGCCAAACCACGGGGUGCUACAGAUGCAAACCGAAAGUCUAAAAACCCGAAGCCGAAAAGAGAUCCUUAUAAAGUCAGAAAGCAGCCAAAGAAAAGGAAAGCGAGUUCAAAUAAGCCGAGACCGAAUGCAAAUAAAUGGCAGGCGGCUGAAAACAAGUUAAUGUCAACACAGCACAGGACAGGAACUGACUACGAGAUGAGCAACAAGGAAGAAAAGAGCAACACCGAUUCUCCUAUGCUCCUUGCCGACAGUUUUACAGAUGAUGAUGAUGAUGAUGUUGAUUGUAUCUUCAGCUGGAGUUAUGACGACGACCAAAUGAAAGUCUCAAAUAGCUGCACGGAUCAGCAGCAGUUGUCGAUCGUCCGGAUGAUAAAGUAUCAACUCGAUGAUUCUGAACUUUUCAAAUGUCCAUUCUGCCAGCUCAGGUCAAAAAGUCACCGCAAGGUCAUGGACCACAUUCGAAUGCACCAUUUAGAGCUAGAGGUGAACAGAUGUUCAGAAUGUCCUUACACCAGUUGGUUCGACGGGGAGAUGUCGAAGCAUGUGCAGGCGGUGCACGGCUGCAUCAUGUCGACAGGUAAUCACCGACCGCCUGACCCUAUGGACUCCUUGCUAAAUAAUCCAGUCAAACCGGACACAGCUGAUGUGGCUAUCAAGAAUGAACAAACUCCCUCUGAUGUAUGUAACCCACACCGGACGACGAAUACUACUACUACUACUACUACCACUAAUACUACUUCUGCUACUACUACUAGCUCUGAGUCCACUGACAUCUAUGUGACCACCGAUUAUAGAAGCUUAUACUCAAAGGCUUCUUGUAUUAAAAACCAGACCCUUCUCUACACUUGCACCAUAUGUUCACUACAGUUGGUGAGCCAAAAGCUGUUUUUUGAACAUGUCACUAAACACUACGGACGAAUUUACCAGUGCUCAUUGUGUUCCUUCAAAACAUACCCAAGAGAAUUUAUGGAGAACCACAUCCGCACUCACCAAAAUACUCCCAAAGAGAACAUCAAUAUUGUCGUACUCUGCCAUGAAUCUCUGAUGGAUAUUCCUGAGAGUAUUAUCAAACCUUGCCAGAUAUUUAAGUCUUCAGUUUAUUCACCUGUUGGUCCUACUACCAGUACUGCUAUUGCUGCUGCUACUACUACUACUGCUGCUGCUGCUGCUACUGUCAUUCCUGCUGCUUCUGCUGUUACCACCUCUGACGGCCACACUACCCCUCCUGCUUCUACUGCUGAGUGGUGGCCCUCAAGCCCCACCAGCCUGACCCUCACCGCUGCAUCGGCAGCCGCUGCUGUGUCUGCACUCUGGACAGACUACUUAAAGUACUGCUGCCCCUUCUGUACUUUCAAAACUGACCAGCUCAGUGCAUUCGAACAGCACCUGAAGGCCUGCUGCGAGAAAAAGCUCGCUGCGGCUGUCACAUCUGAUCCUUCGAUUUCUGCUUGGCCAGGGUCAGAGCCAGAGGUCCCCCCUGAGAGUGGCGGCAGCGACAGCAACAACAACAACAGCAACAGCAGCAGUAAUAACUCUCACAACAUCAACAACAACACCAAGUCGAAAGUUCUGCUGCCUACCAUUUUCAACGUUCAUGUCACACUUCAAGACAUUUUUGCAUCAUAUAAGCCUGAAUUUUUGAUUUUUACACAUAAGCAUAUAUAUAUAUAUAAUAUAUAUAUAUAUAUAUAUAUAUAUAUAUUUAUGUGUGUGCACGCGUGUGUAUGUGUGUACACAUAUACACACACAGGCACACACACACACACACAUAUAUCAGAUAUAUCGUUUUUUUUUUUUUUCUUUUGCGGCUUUAAUUUGCCUCAUCUUCCUUAUCUAUCUCAUCACUGACCUCGUCUCCCUUCUAAUUAUGAAUAUCGUUAACGAUUUACAAGUUUUCUUGCUCAAACGAAAAGAAUAUAUGGGAAGAAGAGAGAAAAUUUUUGUUUGAGAAGGGACUAUAUGUACGUACGUACAUAUGUAUGUAUGCAUGUACGUACGUACGUACGUAUGUAUGCAUGCAUGUAUGUGUGUGUGUGUGUGGAUGUAUGUUCAUGAAUUAAAAUUUUUUUGUCUUUUUUCAAUAACAUGAACAAAACCGAAUAAUUAACUUCUGUCCAAAUUUUUUUUUUUUUUUAUCAAUGGAUUAAAAUUUCAACACUCACCCUCCCUCCCUCCCUCCUUCCCAACACUCCCCACGAUGACCACCUCCACUACCACCACCACUACCAUAUCAUAGACAGAUCAUGUUUUUUCUUUUUUUUUUUUUUAUUUUGUAAAUGUUACACCAAAGAACAGGAAAGAAAGGAAAAGGAGAUUUAAAGAAAGAAUGGCUGACUUCUUUUCUCUUUGAAUAACCAAAAAC